AUGCUGGCCCAGAAUGGACAAGACAUUUCCAUUGGAAGUGGCUGCAAAGAACUCGGCACCGUCGCCCAUGAGAUCGGACACGCCAUUGGGUUCGUGCACGAGCAGAGUCGCCCCGACCGUGACGACUAUGUGGUCAUCAAUUAUGGCAACAUCCAAACUGGCAAGGAACACAACUUCAAUAAGUACAGCACGUCAGUGGUCAACACCUACGGCAUACCAUACGACUACUCAUCCGACAUGCACUACGGCUCUACAGGCUUCACCAACAACGGCCAGACGACCAUCGCCACCCUAUAUCCCUUGGCGCAGGAGCUCAUCGGCCAGCGCACGGGACUCUCUCACAGGGACAUACUAUUGGCCAACACCAUGUACGGCUGCAUCG